AUGCGUUCACGCGCUGCCGAAAGACAAAGUGCACCGCUGCCGGGCACACUUGCCUCCGGCAGAGAGACCACCUUGCGUGCCGCCCGUUUGCGGUUACGGAUUGUUGUGCGGCAUCCCACACCAGCACUUGUUGUUAAGUCCAUCGAUCAGACUCUCCAUCACGAGGCAGGCCACUUGCUCCUAGUGGGCGACCACAAACCCUCGCUGAUGCUGCAGGCGCGGUCCCUGGACGCGGUUUCCUUGGUAAUGCUCAUUGCUAAUCAUCGCUUUUGUCUGUUGCGAUUCUUUCUCUUCCGAUUGGAGAUUUAG